CCCGCUUCUGCCUCCCCAGUGCAGACAUUUAAAGGCGUGCGCCCCCACAGCCCGCUCUCCUCUCUCUCUCUGUAUCGUUUUCUGCCUUUGCCCCACCCCUUUGUCACUAGCCAGGCGAGCAGUCCGGCCGAGGCGGAUGUACGAGGGAUGAUUCAGUAGUGACAGGAAGCCAACCGCCUUGCCUGCUGCCCGCCAGAGUCUGUGGUGUUGGCAUUGGCUUGGGCAGGUGUGCCGGCACAGGAUGAGGUGGCCAUGGUGAGGAACCCCCACUCUCAGCUUUGCAGCCCCCUCCCCAAGCCGACAUGAGUGCCGACCUGGAGCUGGUGUGGCCAUUGUCAGUACCGCUGCUGCUGCUGUUGGGGGCCACGGCCUGGCUGUGUGUCCGCUGUUCCCGCCCAGGGGCGAAGAGAAAUGAGAAAAUCUUCGAGCAGAGGAACCAGCAAGAAAACGAACAGAACUUUACUGUGGCUCAGACCUACUCCCUGGCCAGGCCGGUGUGGCCAGGACCCCUGAUGGACACAGCCUCAGACAAGUCAUCUGAAAGGAAGAAUAAACUGCUGUUCUUGGACCCGGAAGGUCCUGAGUCCCUUAGAUACCAGAACUUCUACAGAGGAAGCAGACACGAGCCUGACGCUGCCUAUGUAGACCCCAUCCCUACAGACUACUACAACUGGGGACGUUUCCAGAAGUCCCCAGAAGACGAUGAUUCCAACUCCUACGAGAACGUGCUCAUCUGCAAGCCCAGCACGCCCGACUCAGGUGGCGAGGAAUCUGAGGAUUACCAGAACUCAAUAUCUAUCCGAGAGUGGCGAGAAUCCAGGAGGACUGUGGGUGCACAAGUGUCCCCGUUAGAAAGCCCAGAUGAGGAGCCAGAUUACGUGAACGGGGAUGUGGCCGCUGCUGAGCACGUCUAGGAGAGAAUCAAUCGGAAGGAAGGGCCUGCCGGGGUCAUGAGCUGAAGCGUUCACUGCCUGCUGAAGCCUAUUUUCCGGGGAUGCUCAAGCUUCAGACCUGGCUGUGGCUGCUCCUGGGAGGGGUUCCAGAACAUCCUGGGAGACAUUGGGGCUCGUCAAGGCUGCAACCCCCGAGCAAUGCCCUGGACUUUUUUGGGAGCAAAGCAGGUGCCUGGAAACAUUGGCUGUGCUGACCGGAAGCCCAGGACCUGAGGCUAGCUGUGUCUCCAGUACCACAUCUAAAAUAUGUCACAACACUG